ACUUCCUAUUUCCGACCUGUAGACGCAACGCUGAGGGGCGGGAUUUGGGUGUGAGAACCUUCAGUUCGAGCUGUGAAAUUGUGUCGCUGUGGUGCGGAGGCAAGCAGGUCAAAACCAGCUAGUGACUAAGGAUGAGUCUCCAAUGGAGUGCGGUUGCUACCUUCCUCUAUGCAGAAGUCGUGGCUGUGCUGCUGCUCUGCAUUCCUUUCAUUUCUCCCAAAAGAUGGCAGAAGAUUUUUAAGUCCAGCCUUGUACAACUGAUAGUGAGCUAUGGCAACACCUUCUUUGUGGUUCUCAUUGUUAUCCUGGUACUACUUCUUAUUGAUGCUGUGCGGGAGAUCAGGAAAUACGAUGACGUGACAGAGAAGGUGAACCUGCAGAAUAACCCUGGGGCCAUGGAACACUUCCACAUGAAGUUGUUCCGGGCCCAGAGAAACCUCCACAUCGCUGGCUUCUCUCUGCUGCUGUCUUUCCUGAUCAGACGCCUAGUGACCCUUAUUUCCCAGCAGGCCACACUGUUGGCCUCCAAUGAGGCCUUCAAAAAACAGGCUGAGGGUGCCAGUGAAGCCGCCAAGAAAUACAUAGAAGAAAAUGACAAGCUGAGGAAGGAAGCGGGUCUAUUGGACCUGAGUGAUGAGACACUGGUGGAGAACAAAGACCUGAAGGUUGAAUUCGAGAAACUGACGGAGGAGCUGGCCAUCAACAAGCGAAACCUGGAGAAAGCAGAAAAUGAGGCUCUGGCCAUGCGCAAGCAGUCAGAAGGGCUGACAAAAGAGUAUGACCGCCUACUGGAGGAGUAUACUCGCCUCCAGGUUGCAGUGAAUGGCCCAACAGACAAGAAAGAGGAGUGAGGGGCUGCUUCCAGGGGCCCCACUGCUGACAUUGAUUUCACUGACUGACCCCUUCUAAGAGGUUUUCUCAGCAGAACUUGGCCCCUUCUCCUUCCCCCCCCCCCCCCCCCAAAAAAAAAAAAGAAAAGAAAGAAAAAGAACUGGUUUGCCUGAGGAGGGGGUUUUUUGAACCUGGUUUGUUGUUUGGCAUUUCCUUUGUUAAUCAAUAAAGUUUACCUUGUUACAAGAA